GAAACACCUCAAGACGGCCUUCUCAAACUAUGGGAAACUAUUCCCGAAAACUUACGCACCAGCGGCUCCUACACGUUCGACGCAUUGUCCGGUACCGUUGAUUCGCUUGUUGCCAAAGCCCAAGAAAGCUCCAGCUCUCAAUGUCAGCACAAGAAUGAGCUAGCUAAUGCGCUUGGGAAAGUCUGCACUGCUGAUGACUCCUGGGAAAACCUGCUGGAAAUCACGCGCAAGGCAGCUUGGAAGUCAUAUAAGAAACUCACGGGAAAUAAGCCCAGGCCGUUUAACGGAACCAUCUCGGACUAUCCACGAUGGAAAACCGACAUACGAAAUUGGGCUGCUAUGAACGGAGCCGUACCGGGAGACAUGCUCGCCACAGCUGUCCUCCAGAACACAACUGGUCCCGCUAAAAAA